AACGGUACUUUUAUGGACACUUGGGACCGACACACAACCAGCAACCAGCAGUCCAGUUGGUGUACAGAGUGGUCGCUUCUCGGAUUGUCCCGUCUGUACACUUUUCCUGUUUUUGGUAUUUAUCCACCCAAAGGAUUAAAAAAAAUAAAUAAAUCAAGAAAGAAAGAAAAAACAAAGUCUUAACCCGGAUUACGACAUCAAGCUGAAAAGAUAGAAUCUGAACAGAGCCUGUUUGUCAACGUGUCAUUGUGGAACAAACAUGACCGAGGUGGCGCAGGUUGCGGAUAUAUUUGCCUACGACACAGAGGAUGUCACAAAUGAGAAUGAAGAUCACAUGAGUGGUUCAGAAAACAAAGAAGAAAAUGAUAUAACUCACAAAGAAGAUGAUGCGGCAGUCGAUGAACCUGAGGAGACAAGUGAGAAGACAUCACAUACAGAAGAUAAAAAACCUCACCACAAGAAUGAUGAAACAAGUGAAGAGACUGACGAGACACAGGUGAACGGUGUGGAGGACAAAGAAAAUGACUCAGCAAUGGAGAUAAAGGAUAGAACAGACACUGUUAAUGGUGUCACACAGAAAAAGGAAGAUCUACAACCUAAUGCAGAUGAAGAACAGAAUAUCUCUGAUCUGGCACUUAAAAAAGAGAAACUGCUCAGAUCCCGAAAGCCGGUGGCAAGAACCUACGUGCCGAAACUGAACAAAGACAAGGGAGAUGUGUCAGGCAAGUUUGAGGCCAUGCAGAGGGCCAGAGAGGAGCGAAGCAGACAGAGGAACAGUGAGGAGCAGCAGAAGAGGAAGGAGCAAUUCAUCAAGGAGAGAGAGUGGAAUCGCAGGAAGAUGCAGAUAAAGGAACUACUCGCUUCCAGUGAUGAGGAAGAAGAGGUGAAGCCAAAGGUAGAAAAAUCCUACGUCCCCAAAAUCACAGGUAGCGUAAAAGGGAAGUUUGCAGAAAUGGAGAAACAAAGACAAGAGGAAGAAAGGAAGAGGAUGGAGGAAGAGAGAAAGAAGAGGGAGGCCCAGGACAACAUGGAGAAAGCCAAAAUCAAGAAAGAAUUGGCUAAGAAAGCUGCUGAGGAAGGAGAUGACACAAUCCUGGUUCGUGUGGUUCCAGCGAAGACAUCCCGACCUCCGGGCAGAAUCAAGGUGAACUUUGAAGACAUGGAGAAGAACAGAGAGGAGGAACUGAAGAAGAAGUCAGAGGAUGAGAAAAAGAGACGAUACGAUGAAAACAGGCGCUCCUUCAGGGAAGCCAAGCGGCGAUCGGUUGUUCAGCAGGAUCAGGAUGAAGAGGAGAAGCCUGCAGAGAAGGCACAGGUGACUCCCGGAAAGCUCAAGAUGACAUUUGAGGAGCUGGAGAAGGAAAGGCAGGAGCAAAGGAAGAAGCAGGCCGAGGAGGAAGCCAAACGCCGUCUGCUGGAGGAGAAGAAGGCUUUUGAAGAAGCCAGGCAGGGGAUGGAAGAAGAUGGGGAAGGCACUCAGCCAGCUGAGGAAGACAAGGAGGAAUUCCGUCCAGGAAAACUGAGACUGAGCUUUGAAGAGUUGGAGAGGCAAAGGGUAGAAGAAGAGCGCAAGAAAGCAGAGGAGGAAGCCAAGAAACGAAUGGAGGAGGAGAGAAGAGCUUUUGCGGAAGCCAGGAAAAGCAUGCUUGUGGAUGAGGAUGAUGAGGUACUGAUGGCCUUGCUAAACCUGGAAGGCAGUAAACCUGGGAAGAUAUGUGCCAGUUUUGAGGAUCUGGAACGCCAGAGAAGAGAGGAGGAACAGAAGAAGGCCGAAGAGGAGGCCAAAAGGAGACUGGAAGAGGAAAAGAGGCUCUUUGCUGAAGCACGCAAGAGCAUGAGCCCUGGACUGGAUCAGGAAAAGUCUGCAUAUGGAGAUGGAACAGUACUAGAUGAAGAUGAAGGUAUGGUGAAGAGUGAAUCUCAAGAAGCACUCCACCCCAGAAAACUGGAGAUUAACUUUGAGGAGUUGCUGAAAGAGAAGGAGGAAGCUGAGAGGAGGCGCAAGGCAGAAGAGCGCAAAAAGAAACUGGAGCAAGAGAAGCAAGAAUUUGAACAACUCAGACAAGAGAUGGGCGAGGAUGAAAUAAAUGAAAGCUCUGAUGUUGUAAGCAAAGAGUAUGAAGAGUUGACUAAGCUGAAGAGAACUGGCUCCAUUCAGGCCAAAAACCUCAAGUCCAAAUUUGAGAAGAUCAAGCAGCUGACUGAAGAGGAGAUUCAGAAAAAGAUUGAGAUGGAGAGAGCACGGAGGAAGGCCAUUGAUGAUGAGAUUAAAGAGAGAGAAGCUGAGAGAAUCCAGGAUGAAGAUGAGGAAGGAGAAGCAACUCAAGUUAGGGCUGAGGAGUCACCAUUUAAACAUAAAGUGGACAUGCGAGCCCGGUUUGAACAAAUGGCCAAAGCCAGAGAAGAGGAGGAAAGGAGGAGGAUAGAGGAGCAGAAGCUGCAGAGAAUGCAGUUUGAGCAGCAAGAGAUUGAUGCGGCCCUCCAAAAAAAGAAGGAGGACGAUGGGGAGGAUGAAGGCAGCAUCAUAAAUGGCUCUGCAGCUUACGAAGAUGAGGAGGAACAUGCCAGGUCGGGGGCACCGUGGUUCAAAAAGCCCCUUAAAAAUCAGUCCGUGGUGGAUUCUGAGCCAGUUCGAUUCACCGUUAAGAUCACAGGGGAGCCAAAGCCAGAGGUGACCUGGUGGUUUGAGGGAGAGAUGCUCCAGGACUGUGAGGACUAUCAGUAUAUAGAAAGAGGAGAGACGUACUGCCUCUACCUGCCAGAGACCUUCCCAGAGGAUGAGGGAGAGUAUAUGUGCAAGGCUGUGAACAGCAGAGGCACAGCAGCAAGUACCUGCAUCCUCACAAUAGAAACUUACGACUACUGAUGACCCUCCUUGUUCUGGAGAUUUUCCCUGUUGUCUCUCACUCCUAUUGUUUGUCUUGUCAUGGUAUGGUUAAACAAUAGAGAGGAGAAUAUAGCAGUAUGCUUGGCAUUCCUAAGGGACGGAUACAAAACACAUACACACACAAAAAAAAAUAAGACGUUGUUUACGUAUUGCUCAGUUGUAAAGCUGCACCCCCUGUUAGCAUGUAGGAUGAUACCUGUGCCAAAAACAGAUUCUUGUUCCCAAGCCAAGGGUUGCACAACACUUCAAAACAAUCUUUGCUUCAAGGCCCUAAUCAUAUUUGUGAUACCAACAGUUUCUGUGUGCAGUAUUGCAGUAGCUACUGUAUUGUAAAUACCACAUUUUGGUGCAUAAAUGCUAUAACUGAAGUAUUGAAAUGUAAAAUGUAAGGUGUCCUUGUGUAUUAAUUAAAAGAACAACAUGCAGCAAUAUCAAUACAACCUCUACAUUUAGGGAUAACACGGUCAUCACUCAGUACUCUGUGCACAAUGACAAUGGCAAUAUAAGUGCAGCUGCAUACUGCAGGAUCAAUAAGUAUAAGAACUCCUGUGUACAUCCUGAUUUUUAUUUGCAGCAUCUAAAAAAAUGAAUGUGGAUUUUUCAUGCGACAACCGUUUUUUCUUUUUUUCUUUUUAGAGUUAAAUGUAAUACUCUUGAUACGGUUUUCAUCAUUCAGUUGUCAACAGUUUUAUGGUUUGAUAAUGAAACAAAAAAUGUAGGUUAGAAUAUUUGUCAUAUAAAUAGAAAAGGUUUUAAUAAAAUUUCCAAAAAGA